UCAUGUUCAUUUAGUCUAAUCGCCAUACAAAAACAAAAAGAAAAGAAAAGAUAGGAAACGAAGAGCAAAGAAUGAAGCCUCCUCUCCCUCCACCGUCUUCCUCUUCUGUUCUUAGAAAGGCACGUCUCUCUCCUUACUUCCACACCUUAUUAACCUUCAUUGCCUUCGUUGUCCUUCUUUAUUGUGAGGACUUCCUCAGCAUCUUUGGCCAUGGCAGCAAGCUCGUCCCAACCCAACCCGUCUCUGAAACAGGUGAAGAGACGACGUCGUCGACAGCACUGCCAUUCGCAAAAGGGAAAUUAGCCAACGAAGGAUGUGAUAUCUUCAGCGGGAGAUGGGUGAGGGACGAGCUGAACCGGCCACCGUAUGAGGAAUCGGAGUGUCCGUACAUCCAACCGCAGCUGACGUGCCAAGAACAUGGCAGACCUGAUAAAGAGUAUCAGAAAUGGAGAUGGCAACCUUAUGGAUGUGAUCUUCCCAGGUUUAAUGCCACAUUGAUGCUAGAGGCCUUAAGAGGGAAGAGGAUGAUGUUCGUAGGUGACUCAUUGAACCGGGGCCAGUAUGUUUCAAUGGUCUGCCUUCUCCAUAGAAUUCUCCCUGAAAAUGCAAAAUCCUUGGAAACAUCGGUCGAUCAAUCACUAGUCGUGUUCAGAGCCAAGGAUUAUAAUGCCAGCAUUGAAUUCAACUGGGCACCAUUUCUCCUAGAAUCGAAUUCGGAUAAUGCUAUUGUUCACAGGGUAGCUGAUAGGAUGGUUAAGAAAGAUUCGAUCAAUAAGCAUGGGAAAAAUUGGAAAGGUGUUGAUAUUUUGGUAUUCAACACCUAUCUAUGGUGGAUGACCGGCCAGAAGAUGAAGUUCCUGAAAGGGUCAUUUGAUGAUGAAAAAAAGGACAUAGAGGAGCUGGUAACUGAGGAAGCUUAUCGUGUGGCAAUGAAAAGCAUGUUGAAAUGGGUGAGGAAAAAUAUGGAUCAAAACAAGACCAGGGUCUUCUUUACUAGCAUGUCACCAUUGCAUAUAAAGAGCAACGAGUGGGGAGGUGAACCUGGUGGGAAUUGUUACAAUGAAACAACCUUGAUUGGAGAUCCUAAUUACUGGGGAUCAGAAAGCAAAAGCAUUAUGCAGGUGAUUAGAGAAGAAUUUAGUAAAUCAAGGUACCCCAUUACAUUCCUCAACAUCACUCAACUCUCAAGUUAUCGCAAGGAUGCGCACACCUCGAUUUACAAGAAGCAAUGGACUCCAUUGACUCCUGAGCAGCUAGCAAACCCUGCUAGCUAUGCUGAUUGUGUGCAUUGGUGUUUGCCUGGCCUUCAAGAUACCUGGAAUGAACUUCUAUUUGCCAAGCUAUUUUAUCCUUGACUAUAAUCUUCAAUGAUGAAAUGUGAAAUCAAUCAGACAAUCCCUCUUUGUAAAUGGUUUGGGCCUGGGCAACAUAAACUAUUUUCAUUACAAGUAUUUGGCUCCUUGGAGGGGUGGUGAACAUGGUGACAAAAGGGAAAAGGGUGGAAAAAGACAGAAAAGAGGAGGAUUUCUGUAAAAUAAUAGUGAUUGUUACAAAGAAAAAAGUCAACAAAGUGAUUGAAUUGAUUGUUUUAUAACUAG